AUGGCUUCGGCGUCUCACGUCCAAGAGUUGGCGGCGUUUCUGAUACGCCACCACUCUCACCAGCUCCGCUCCAUCGCUCUCUCCCCAGACCCCAAGCUCCAUUACCCUCUCCACCUCAAUUUCGCAGAGCUCAUGGACGACGAUCCUCGGCUCGCACAGCUCGUCUUCUCCCAACCCACCGAGUACUUGCGCCUUCUCGAUGACGCCGCUCUUUGGGCUCAUAGAGUUGUACUGGGAGAUUCGCAAGGUCUGGGUAAAGGGGUCAAGAAGGAGUUCAUUCAUGUCCGGAUUGAUGUCAGCGGCUCACCACUCGAAUGCCCCGAGACUUUUCCGAGCAUUGGACGUGUGAGGGUGAAGCAUCGUGGGAUUCUGCUCACUCUUAAAGGGACGGUGAUCCGGUCCGGGGCUAUUAAGAUGUAUGAAGGGGAGAGGAAGUACAUGUGCCAGAAAUGCAAGAACGAAUUCCUCGUUUAUCCUGAGCUGGAAUCGAGAAACUCCAUAAGACUACCUUCAUAUUGCCCCUCUCAGACUAAAGCCUGUGAAGGCACAAAAUUCGCGCAUUUGGAAGGUUCUAUAUCAUGCCAUGAUUACCAGGAAAUUAAAAUCCAGGAGAGUACCCAUGUCUUGGGUGUUGGGGCCAUUCCACGCUCAAUUCCUGUCAUUCUAAAAGAUGAUCUUGUUGAUAUUGUUAAAGCUGGAGAUGACAUUAUUGUCUCUGGGAUAUUAACUGCAAAGUGGUCUCCAGACUUGAAAGAUGUGCGAUGUGACCUUGAUCCUGUAUUGGUCGCUAAUUGCGUUAGGAGAACUAACGAGCUGAAGUCUGAAAUUGAUACACCCGAUGAUGUUAUCGCAAAAUUCAAGCAAUUUUGGUCGGACUUCAAAGAUACGCCUUUGAAAGGGAGAAAUGCCAUCCUAAAAGGAAUAUGCCCACAAAUCUUUGGACUGUUUACUGUAAAGCUUGCAGUUGCAUUAACACUUAUUGGAGGCGUGCAACAUGUUGAUGCUUCUGGAACAAAGGUUCGAGGAGAGUCUCAUUUGCUUUUGGUUGGUGAUCCAGGCACUGGAAAAUCUCAGUUCUUGAAGUUUGCUGCAAAGUUGAGCAACCGAUCUGUUAUUACAACUGGAUUAGGUAGCACAAGUGCUGGAUUAACUGUCACUGCAGUCAAGGAUGGAGGGGAGUGGAUGUUGGAAGCUGGAGCCCUGGUUUUGGCAGAUGGAGGACUUUGUUGUAUAGAUGAGUUUGAUAGCAUGAGAGAACAUGAUAGGGCAACCAUACAUGAAGCGAUGGAGCAGCAGACUAUAAGUGUUGCCAAGGCUGGUCUUGUGACAACUCUCAGCACUAAAACGAUUGUUUUUGGAGCAACAAAUCCAAAGGGCCAGUAUGAUCCUGAUCAAUCUCUGUCUGUUAAUACGGCACUCUCGGGUCCCUUACUCAGCCGAUUUGAUAUAGUCCUAGUACUAUUGGAUACAAAGAAUCCUGAAUGGGAUGGAGUUGUGUCAUCUCACAUCCUUUCUGAGGGAGAACCAGACAAAGGCAAGAAUGAUGAAAAUUUAGCAGACAUCUGGCCGUUUCCAAUGCUCCGUAGAUAUAUUCACUAUGUUAAAGGGUACAUCAAACCAGUCCUUACAAAGGAGGCUGAAAUAGUUAUCUCCAGCUAUUAUCAACUCCAAAGAAGAUCUGCAACAGACAAUGCCGCGAGGACAACUGUGCGUAUGCUUGAGAGUUUGAUACGCCUAGCACAAGCACAUGCAAGACUCAUGUUCAGAAAUGAGGUGACUAGGUUAGAUGCCAUUACAGCCAUUUUAUGUAUUGAAUCAUCCAUGACUACCUCAGCCAUCGUGGACAGUCUCGGAAAUGCUCUGCAUUCAAAUUUCACUGAGAACCCUGAUAUGGAGUGUAUCCUUUUUCAGCCAAGGCACAAAAUUUGUAUUUUGGGUGAUGCACUGAUGCAAUCCUUUUCAUACGUUGAUCUCUUGACUACACAUCAAAUAGAUGCCAAGCAGGAAAAACUGAUCCUCGAAAAGCUCAGUUCAUUCGACAAGUUCUGA